GUUCUUAACAAUCAAGAUGAGAACUAACUGAACAAGCUGAUUGAUGCAUUUGCCCUGGAGAUCGGGGAGUUGAAGAAGGAGAUGGUCCACACCUCUCCAACAGUGGAUCAAGAGCCCAUAGACACAAAAGGACCGGAGAGCGCGGGGAGUGGCGUUUAUCUGGAAUCCCCCAAUUGUGGCGGAGUGAGGUGUGAAAGGGAUUAUGGAUAUGACUCGUUACGGAGGAGGAUGAGCGUGUUGGACAGACUGAGUAAAACCCACCCAGUUUGGCUGCUGCUUGCAAUCAGUGAAGAAGAGGCGACACACAUCCUGCUCAAACAGCCACCAGGGGUGUUCCUGGUAAGGAAGUCAAUGGCUCUGCAGAGAAAGGUCCUCUCUGUACGUGUGAAAGAGGAUUGGUCAGGAAGCUCCAUCAGCCACUUUCCUGUCAGAGAAAGCCAGUAUACAUUCUCCCUUGAUGGAUCUGGGAUCAGUUUUGCAGAUAUUUUCCGCCUGGUGGCUUUCUACUGUAUAAGCAGGGAUGUGUUGCCCUUCCCUCUCAAGCUCCCUGAGGCCAUAGCAUCUGCCAAGACCCAAAAAGACCUGGAGGAGGUGGCUCAACUUGGACCAGGCUUUUGGGACUCGGCUCUGUGCAGCCAGCCGCAGACCUCACACCCUCUCUGUCGCCCUCUGAGUCGAACCCUCAGCCCGCAGAGGACAAGCAGGGCCGGCGAGGACAAGGAGUCGCAGCCGAGCCACUGCGAAAGCGCACCACCAACGUUGCGCCCCCAUGAGAGAAGGCAUUCCAGUGGUCUUCUCUGCUUUGUCAACCCACUCUUUCUCCAGACUCGACAGCGCCACCACUGUGAAGAGAACCUAGUUCCUCCUGCUACUAAGUGCGACUCCGAGGAUGCGGGAACAGAGUCCGUGAAACCGACGAGCGGCGGUCAAGUGAACGAGAGCAAGGUGAACCGUAAUUCCCGCCCUCCUCCCCGACCCCCUCCGCCUCGCUUAAUGCCACGCCGGCGACCCGCUCCACCUCCGCCCGGACAUCCAGCGCCUAUCACCAGACCCAAAAGUAUGCCAGUGGCCGUCCCUGUGGCUCCGAGGCAGCAGCAGCAGCAGGUCCGAACCAGGCGUCCGGCGCCCCCGAGACCGACAAUGGGCGGAAAACACAGCAGCCCUUUCAAAAGUGCCGGCUCACCAAUCCCCGUGCCUGCCGACCCACCCCCUCCAAGACCUACUAAGCCCGAUCUGGAAGCACGCCGCUGCCACAUUGCCCUCGAUGAUGAGACCAUUGCUAAGGCCUUGUCUCAAGCCAAGCUACCGCCGUCCAUCCCUGACGAUGUUCCACCGGAGAAAAACGGAGGGAGUCCAGCCAUCCGGAACGAGAGAGGACUUCAACGGCUUAGCGACAUGAGCAUGUCCACGUCGUCCUCGGACUCUUUGGAGUAUUCACAGUCACCUGGAUAUAUGGUAGAGGACAGUAGUGAGGAGGAGGAGGAGGACGAUGAUGACGAUGACGACGGGGAAGAGGAAGUAGAAGAGGACUAUGGGGUGGGCCUGGAGGCAGACUUAGAAAUGCGUCUCCGUCCUUCCUUCAAAUCUCGGAGGCGCAGGGUGGGCGUGAGCCUGAGUGGGGGAUCAUUUAUUGUGCCUCGCGCCCUUAAGGGACGCUUCCGCAAGGUGAGCGGUAUGCUUACAUCCCUGAUGACUCCAGAGAGACGGGCGGUGAAAAAAAUAGCGGAGCUAUCCAGAGAUAAACGUUCGUACUUCGGCUCCCUGGUCCAGGACUACAUCAGCUUUGUUCAGGAGAACCGCGGCUGUCAUACGUCGGGCAUCGAUUUCUUGCAGACGCUCCGGCAGUUUAUGACGCAAAUGAAGGCGUACCUGUGCCAAAGCUCCGAGCUGGACCCUCCUAUAGAGUCCCUCAUUCCGGAAGAUCUGAUCGAUCAAGUGCUGGAAAAGUCCAUGCACAAGUGUGUGUUGAAGCCACUGAAGAGCGUCAUUGACGUGGCUUUACAUGACUUCCAGGUCAACAGUGGAGAAUGGCAGCAGAUGAAGGAGAACCUGGCUCUUGCUAAGACCAAGAGGCCCCAGGAGCUGGGGGUGGACGGUGCGGUGCCCCCGGACCCUGUGGCUAUUAAAAGAAUCCGACAUAAGUUCCUUACCAUGAGCAAGAUGUACUCACCUGAGAAAAAGGUGUCACUGCUGCUGCGUGUGUGCAAGCUCAUCUACACCAUCAUGCAGGACAACUCAGGGAGGAUGUACGGUGCUGAUGACUUCCUGCCCAUGUUGACUUACGUGGUGGCGCAGUGUGACAUGCCUCAGCUGGACACAGACAUCCAGUACAUGAUGGAGCUGCUGGAUCCUUAUCUGCUCCAAGGAGAAGGGGGUUACUACCUGACCAGUGCCUAUGGAGCCAUGGCUCUCAUCAAGAACUUUCAAGAAGAGCAAGCGGCGAGAGUGCUGAGCUCUGAGACCAGGAACACUCUGCACCAGUGGCACCGCCGCCGCACCACACAGCGCUCGGCACCGACUGUGGACGACUUCCAGAACUAUCUCCGUGUGGCCCUCCAAGAAGUGGACAUGGAUUGCACGGCUAAAACCUUAGUUGUCCAUCCGUACACCACCGCGGAGGACGUCUGUUCACUCUGCGCUCACAAAUUGAAGGUGGCGCAUCCUGAAAACUACGCACUCUUCCUGGUGACGGAAGACACCAGUCAACAACUGGCCCCCGACACACACCCGCAACGAAUCAAGGCUGAGCUCCACAGUCGACCGUGGGCCAAGACUUUCCAUUUUGUCUACAGAAGAGCGCCUGUGGUCAGUCCUACACAUAGUGAAUCAUCUAGUUGAAUAUUAAGGGUAUUUUUCACCGAUAUGCAAGUGCUGGUUGGUGCUGGACAAAGUUUGUGUUUUGAAUAUUACAGUCGCGAUCAAAAGUUGACAUACACUUAUAAAGAACAUAAUGUCAUGGCUGUCUUGAGUUUACAAUCAUUUCUACAACUCUUAUUUUUUUGUGAUAGAGUGAUUGGAGCACAUACUUGUUGGUCACAAAAACAUUCAUGAAGUUUGGUUCUUUUACUAUGUGACCAAAUCUGCUGGGUCAAAAGUAUACAUACAGCAAUUUCCUCCAGAAGGUUUUAUCUGUGUCCAUGUGAGGUCAGAUGAAACAAAAAUUGAGCUUUUUGGCCACAAUACCCAGCAAUAUGUUUGGAGGAGAAAAGGUGAGGCCUUUAAUCCCAGGAACACCAUGCCUACCGUCAAGCCCAGCAGGCAAAAGACAUUAAAAACAACGUUGAGAACUUGUUGAAUUAGGUCCUGAUGUUGAGCAACUCAAACAUAACAAUGUAACAACAUGCUUUUUGAUGACAUUUAAUCAAUGUUGGGUUCUGAUGUUGAUUUGACCUUCAAAAUUGGGUAAUUUCCCAAUCAACAACAUGGAUCCAACGUUAGACCCCAACAAUGUUUCAAUUUGAAAAUACAACGAUUUUGCAUCGUCGUUUCAUACUUGUUGGUCACAAAAAACAUCACAUGGACAAAGAUAAGACCUUCUGGAGGAAAGUUAUGUGGUCAGAUGAAACAAAAAUUGAGCUGUUUGGCCACAAUACCCAGCAAUAUGUUUGGAGGAGAAAAGGAACACCAAACCUACCGUCAAGCAUGGAGGUGGUAGUAUUAUGCUGUGGGUCUGUUUUGCUGCCAAUGGAACUGGUGCUUUACAGAGAGUAAAUGGGACAAUGAAAAAGGAGGAUUACCUCCAAAUUCUUCAGGACAACCUGAUGUCAGAUGAAACAAAAAUUGACCUGUUUGGUGGCGGUAGUAUUAUACUCUGGGCCUGUUUUGCUGCCAAUGGAACUGGUGCUUUAAAUGGGACAAUGAAAAAGGAGGAUUACCUCCAAAUUCUUCAGGACAACCUAAAAUCAUCAGCCCGGAGGUUGGGUCUUGGGCGCAGUUGGGUGUUCCAACAGGACAAUGGCCCCAAACACACGUCAAAAGUGGUAAAGGCAUGGCUAAAUCAGGCUAGAAUUAAGGUUUUAGAAUGGCCUUCCCAAAGUCCUGGCUUAAACGUGUGGACAAUGCUGAAGAAACAAGUCCAUGUCAGAAAACCAACAAAGUUAGCUGAACUGCACCAAUUUUGUCAAGAAGUGUGGUCAAAAAUUCAAGCAAAAGCUUGUGGAUGGCUACCAAAAGUGCCUUAUUGCAGUGAAACUUGCCAAGGGACAUGUAAGCAAAUAUUAACAUUGCUGUAUGUAUACUUUUGACCCAGCACAUUUGCUCACAUUUUCAGUAGACCCAUAAUAAAUUCAUAAAAAGAACCAAACUUCAUGAAUGUUUUUUGUGACCAACAAGUAUGUGCUCCAAUCACUCUAUCACAAAAAUAAGAGUUGUAGAAAGUAUUGGAAACUCAAGACAGCCAUGACAUGAUGUUCUUUACAAGUGUAUGUCAACUUUUGACCGCCACUGCCUAUUCUGUAUGUUUGGAAGAGGAAGUGAGGCGAAGAAGGUUUUUGCAGACUGUUAGAAGACUUAGUGAUGCUUGUUUGUUUGUGGACUGGAGAGAAGUUAAAAAAAGAGCAUUACAGUAUCGUAUUAUUUUUCAUGUCAUUAGCCUUUGCCCUGACUGCUGUGAUCCUAAUCAGCCUUUAAAAGGAAUUAUAAAAUAUUGUAUGCCAGCGUCAGAUUUUUAACCUUAUACUUUAUCAAUAUGAACCACAUAAAACACACAGACUGAACUAUUGUAACUACGAUUUGUUUUUUUGCGAUUGCUGGUCAAUUGCGACUUGUAUUACUUGGAUAAAUAUUUUUUAUAACCACAAUGUUCUGUUUAUUUCUAUAAGUUGGUGUUCUUAUUAACAUGUCUGCACUGGACACAAUAUUGGUUUAAAAGAGACACUAUUUAUAUUAUGUUGGUUACAGUUUUGUUAAAACUGGGGAAUACCAAAGCACGUGAUACAUUUAAAUAUCAAGGCACUUUUUUAAAAUUUUUUAUAAUGCAUGGGUUUUUGUUCAAAAUCUGUUGAAAAUGUCAGACAGAAAUCUAAAAAAUAAAUAAAAAUUAUUUGACAAAUAAUGUAAAUCCAACUAACAUAAAACUCAUUUUAUAGAGAUUAAUUAUAGAAGUGCAUGCAAAAAAUAAUAUAAAUUACAAUGAUCAAAAUGAUUGUAACAUCGCACAGUCACACUCAAUUCUGUUUAUUGAUAUACUUUGUCACGUGCAAUGUUUGGCUCUGACAUAACCGAGACGGCAAAUGAAAAUUAUUGCUCAUAUUUUCAUUUAAAAAAAAAAACAAGUAUACAAGAAGUCAUGUGUAUAAAAAGAGUUACUGCUGUAUCAAAACAUUUAGCAAUCUUGAAAAAAAGGUUUUCCAUGUAAAAUUCUAAAGUAUCCGUUCCUUAAACAAACCAUUAAUGAGGUUAUGAAUUCAAGUUGGUAAUAAAACA